AGCAAUUCAGAGAUCCAUCUAUAGGGCACAAGUGCCCUUCAGAGCUACUUCAAGCAGGGCACAGAACUUAAAGGAAGGACGAUGGACCAGCUCCUGUAACACCUGGAAUGUGAUCCAAGUCUGGAGACAAAAUGAUGGUUUGUAGCUAGAAGACAAUGAAACUAGCCAUGGAGCCCUUAUACGAGGAAUACCUUGCCCAUGGCGGCACAAUAGUCAAACCAUAUUACUGGCUCAGCUUCUCCCUGGAUUGUACUAACUGUCCCUACCAUAUUCGGACAGGUGAAGAAGCAAGAGUUCCACACACAGAAUUUCAUCAGCUAUUUGGAUUCCCUUACGGGCCAACAUAUCCUCAAACAAAACACCUUACAUUUUAUGAGCUGAAAACUUCCUCUGGGAACCUGGUGCAAAAGGGCCAUGCUAGCAAUUGCACUGGGAAUCAGACCCACCCAGAAUCAAUGCUGUUCGAGAUAAACGGCUAUCUUGAUUCGGUCAUAUCCAGUCAUAGCAGCAUUAGACAUAUUAUCCUCUAUUCCAACAAGUCUCCUUGUAAUGAGGCAGACCACUGCUGCAUCAGCAAAAUGUACAACUUCCUGAUGAUGUAUCCACAUGUCACUCUUAGUAUUUACUUUUCUCAGCUCUAUCAUACGGAGAAUCAAUUCCCUGCUUCAGCAUGGAACCGUGAGGCUCUCCGGAGCCUGGCCAGCUUCUGGCCCCAGGUCACUGUGAGUCCAAUAAGUGGUGGCAUUUGGCAUUCUCUCCUUGACAACUUUGUUAGUGGCAUCUCAGGAUCAAAUGCCUUCCAGCCCAUUUUAACCGGGAGAGCAUUGGCUGACAGGUACAACGCAUAUGAAAUAAACUCUAUAACAGGAGUGAGACCUUACUUCGUGGACGUUCUUCCCCAGUCCCAGGAGAAUCAGAACACAGAUGCUCGGGCAGCUGGAGAGAACUACCUCUUAAGCAAUGUCUUCCCUAAAUGGUCUUUUCAAGGGACAGCUGGACAAAUGGCACCCGACCUGGGUCCAGACCUCGGGCUUCCUGUUGUUUUUGUGCUGGUGCCUUACAGAGAUCUUCCACCACUGCAGGUGAACAACAACCGGCCCAAACCCAAGAAUGUGGUAAGGCACCUAAAUAUGCCACAACUGUCAUCCUACAAAACCAAGAACGUCACAGAGCCUCCCAUGGGAAGACCAGUGGAGAUCGUUGAAAUCACAGAGUGGUCAGCAAGAAGCAAGGAGGCAGAUGAAAAGAAGGAAUGA